CUCUCGUCCAGUGAUGGCUAAAUAAUGGAAGGAAACAUGGCCUGGCUGCUGCUGCUUGCAGUAAUGAAUGCUGCUGUCGAGUGUAACAAAUGUCGUGUGUCACGGAGGCAUUUAUGACACUAAUACUGGAGCACUGGAUAGCAUCCAAUAACAAUCUAUGGUGAGGUAAUGGGACGUAGCUGCAGAGUGUUGAAAAGGGAUCCGAAGCUAAUACAGUUCUUACAGUAUCAGGUAUAUGCAAAAUAUCCUGUAAUACCACGCUCAAGUACUAGGAAAAAAAAAACAAAAAAAACCCAAAAAUGCACACUGUAUGAUACAUUACAGAUUUUGCAGAUUUAUAGUGCUUCAGAUGCAGCUCCCUGCCAAGGUUUUAAAAAGGGUUCCCACUUCUGAUAGUUUUAUGGCAUAUCUUAUCCAUUAAACGCUAGAAAUAUAGGAAUUGUGUUUCAUUUGUUGCCAUGGAUCGCCACAUUACUGCUUUUAUUCAAAACCCACAUAUUUCUAAUUCUUUAUGGAAUAUUCAUCCAUAGCCUGAGAAGCCACCAGAGGUCUGAAUGAAUUUGGCUCAGCCCCUGCAGUCCAAAUGAUCAAGUAACAGCUUCAAAAAGAAACUCAUGCAAGAAUAUCCUGAGCUGGGAGGGUUGCAGCCCAGGGUAGGGUUGGCCCUUCUGGCUCUGGGGGAAUACAGCUGACACCAAAACACGUGCCAUCACCAGAGCCUCCAGAUCCCAAUCCUGGAGCAGCUCUCUUGCCACCCAUUCCCUUGUCUGUACAUAGAGCCAGGACUGCCCCACAAUUCAGCACAGGCUCUUGGUAAACUUCAUAUCGUUGCAGCUUCCACAGCCAUUCCAUUGGGCAAGACUAAAUCAUAGAUCAGAGAAUCACAGCAUGGUUUGAGUUGGAAGGGACCUACAAGACCAUCAAGUUCCAACUCCCCUGCUAAAGGCUGGGACACCACACACUAAACAAGGUCACACAAAGCCCUCUGAAAGGCCUCUUUGAAAUGGAGUGGCUCAAGAUCUCUUCACGUUAGUGAUGUCCAUAAACAUAGCAUGCACUCCAGUGCUGCAUCCAGAGAACACUUCUACAUCAAACAGUGCCUUUACAGAGAAGGUGCUUCAUCCUGUACAGAUGGGUGUGAUUUAAAAGGCUCAGAGAACACCCCAGUGAACAGUGGGACAUCCCUGGCAACAAGUGACAUCGGCUUGGGCGGCUCCAGCCCUGCCUUGGGCAGCGCACGCUCAUGUCACAGUGCCACACAAAGGCAUCAUGGUGACACCUGAGCAUCUCCCACCGGAACCCCCAGGCAGUGCCGGCGCAUUCCCCGUGCCAGCAGGCAGGGUGGGCACUGGCUCGCUGCACAAGUGGGCGCACGCUCAGUCUUUGCUUCAAACCAGACAAGAGACACUGAAAUGGAGGCAUCAGCUGCGGAAACAGCUUCUGCUUCUGAUCUGGAGGAGCUGUUGGAGACUCAAGGCUCCACUUCCACUGUCCUGGCAGCUCAUGACCCAGCACCAGAUGGCCAUGCUGCUGCAACACCAACAGUGCAAGUAAAGGACUCACAAAUGUUUCCUGAUGAAGAGGAAACCAACGGUUUCCCUCUGAGUUCCUCCGAGGAAGGCGCUGGCCAAGCCAGUGUCUUCUCAGGCCUCAGCUUCCCACAGAAACUCUGGGUGCUGGCCGAAAGCGACCAAGUGAAGAGCAUCUGGUGGGGCCACGGAGGAAACUGCCUCGUGAUCGAGGAGCAACUGUUCAUGGUGGAAGUCCUGGCCAAGGAAGCACCUCUGAGAGCAUUUGGAUGUACAAGCAUGAAGAGCUUUGUUUGCCAGCUCAACCGCUACGGCUUCACCAAAGUGCCAUGGGGGCUGGAAAGAUCUCUGUCCAUUCCUGAGCUUCUGGCUGAGGAAGAAGCCACUGCUGUCCAGAGGAAGUUACUGCUCUACUCCUGCCCAUUCUUCAGGAGAGACGACCCGGGGCUGCUGGAGCACUGCAAGCGAAGAGCGGCCCGGAAGAGAAGAGCCGAGGCUGCCCCCAGCCCUGGCCUGCAGGAGGCUCUGAGUGAGAGCCCCCAGAGGAGCAGCCCGGGUACCCAGCCCAUGCCAGAGAGGAGCCUGCAGGCAGCAGAUCCACAAGGCACGCAGGCAGCAGCAAACGCGGGGCCCCCGCCGGCCAAGCUCCCCAAGACAGACGGCCCUGCGGCCCCAGCAGGCGCUGCUCACAGCCUGCCAGGCCCUGCCGCAGCACCAGCGCCGCAGCAGUGCCAGGCCCUGCCCUGCUCCACGCUGCCUCCGAGCAGCAACCCGAUGCUGGGUGCCGCCUGCGCUCCUCCACCGCACGCCGCUCUGCCCUUCGUGCUCCCCACUUUCACACCUGGCUCUCCUCGGCCCGAGCUCUUCCAGACACCACAGCUGCAGGCUCCCUGGGACGCCCUGCCUUUCCUUACCUUCUGCUUUGCAGAGGCCAUCAGGGCAGUGGCUGCAAUGAUGCCACCGCACUGGCAGCCCCGCGCAGCCCCGCACUGCCCCACGUGCAGCUGCAGCCAGCACCGGGCAGAUGCCGGCCAUGGGACGGCCCUGUAGUGCUGGACCCACUUACUUGUUCCUAGUUUGUAGCCCAUACGUACAUCGUUCUGGAAAUAGAAUUUUUCAUUAAGGAACCUUCUUAUUUCUCAUGUUCCUUUGCUUACCUAUUUACCUUCUUAUUUCUCAUGUUUCUUUGCUUACCUAUUUACCUAUUUAUUUGUUUAAUGUUUCUGGAAAUAAAACGUUUCAAUAAGAAACUUUUGACGUUGUCUUUGUCCUUUUAGUCUGAGUUCAAGCAUUUCAACGGCUUUCAAGUUUGGUUCUACACUUCUUGCAAAGUUAGGA